UUAUUUAUUUAUGAACAAAAAAAACAAGUAGUAGAAAAACUUAGUCAAGAGCAUGAGGCAAUGGAACUGGAAAGACGUUGGUCACAUUGGCAUCCACAUCAUAGACCAGUCCAUAUUAUUUACACGUAUCCCUUUGACUGUCUGUGGCUCCAACAUCCAAGCUAGAACCCAGUAGCAGCUUUUGUUUUGGUUCUUCCACUGAAAGUAUUAAACCGAAACCGUGAGUACUAACGUCCAUCACCCGUUAAAUCUAUCUCCUUGAUUUCUGAUUUUCCACCAGCCGCCCUCUGAUUAGCUGACCACCGUUGGCCAGCCCAGGAAACUUAACGGAAAGGAGAAAAAGGACUUAUUUCCCCUCCCGCAGAACCAAUCCGUCGGAGUGGGACCCGCGUUAGAGGGAUCUGGAAAAGAAAAUUGUUCGAGGCUAAAUAACAGCCAAUCUCGUGCUUCCACCUAUUACUCCGCCGGCGACUGUCAUUAUCUUUUAUUGUCACCGGCGCUAAGAGGUACAAAAAAGUCCCUCUCAAUCCAUGAGAAGAAUCUCAGAAUCAGAAUUGUCGGUCCCUAUUAAUGAACAAAUUAGCCCCACCGCGCAGCAUUUAUAGAUCUCCAUCGUUUUUACAUUAAACGAUGUCGUUUCUGCGGCGGAGGAAGGUAACAGAUUCCUCAAAAUCCCCAAACUCCGAUUCCAACGCCGGAAAAGAAGAUGACAAGAAAAAGCAAUAUAAGAGCCCAAAAAGAGAAAGUUAUAGUUCCAAAAAAUGGUCGUGUUGGGACAGCUGUUGUUGGUUCAUUGGUCUCAUAUGUUCGAUGUGGUGGUUCUUGUUAUUCUUAUACAACGCAAUGCCCGCUUCGAUCCCACAAUACGUAACGGAGGCGAUAACGGGGCCGUUGCCGGACCCGCCCGGGGUCAAGUUGAGGAAAGAGGGCUUGACGGUGAAUCACCCGGUGGUGUUCGUGCCCGGGAUUGUGACUGGUGGGCUCGAGCUGUGGGAAGGGCACCACUGUGCUGACGGGUUGUUUAGGAAACGUCUCUGGGGUGGCUCGUUUGGAGAAUUGUAUAAAAGACCAUUAUGCUGGGCUGAGCACAUGUCACUCGAUAAUGAAACUGGACUUGACCCUCCCGGUAUAAGGGUCAGGCCAGUAUCUGGACUUGUAGCAGCUGAUUAUUUUGCAGCAGGUUAUUUUGUUUGGGCUGUCUUAAUUGCUAAUUUGGCUCAGAUUGGGUAUGAGGAAAAAACAAUGUAUAUGGCUGCUUAUGAUUGGAGGUUAUCUUUCCAGAACACUGAGGUCAGGGACCAAACUUUGAGCAGAAUAAAAAGUAACAUAGAACUCAUGGUAGCUACAAAUGGUGGGAAAAAGGUAGUAGUCAUUCCGCAUUCAAUGGGCGUCCUGUACUUUCUGCACUUUAUGAAAUGGGUUGAAGCACCGGUGCCAAUGGGUGGUGGAGGUGGAUCAGAUUGGUGUGCUAAGCACAUAAAGGCAGUAAUGAACAUUGGUGCGCCCUUUUUAGGUGUCCCAAAAUCAGUCUCUGGACUAUUUUCUAUUGAAGCCAGGGAUAUAGCCAUUGCCAGGGCUUUCGCACCAGGUUUUCUGGACAAAGAUGUAUUUGGUCUUCAAACUUUUCAGCAUUUAAUGCGAAUGACCCGUACAUGGGAUUCCACGAUGUCGAUGAUACCAAAAGGUGGGGACACUAUAUGGGGUGGGCUUGAUUGGUCACCUGAAGGAGGAAGCUUUAACUGUAGUGCAAAAAAGUUGAAGAACAAUGGCACUCGUACAGGCCACAAUGCAAACAGCAACUUGGGUAAUAUGAAAAGUGUGAAUUAUGGGAGAAUUAUUUCAUUUGGGAAAGAUGUGGCUGAGGCACAUUCCUCCAAGAUUGAGAGGGUUGAUUUCAGGCAGGACGUCGUGAAGGGUGGUAAGCUUGCCAACUCAAGCAACUGUGAUAUAUGGACAGAGUAUCAUGAAAUGGGCAAUGGUGCUAUCAAAGCGGUUGCUGACUACAAAGUUUACACAGCUGGAUCAAUUUUGGAUCUGCUUCAUUUUGUUGCUCCAAAGUUGAUGGCAAGAGGAGGUGCUCAUUUUUCAUAUGGGAUAGCUGAUAAUUUGGAUGACCCAAAGUAUGAACACUACAAAUAUUGGUCAAACCCCUUAGAAACAAAGUUACCAAGUGCUCCAGACAUGGAAAUCUACUCAAUGUAUGGAGUUGGAAUCCCCACUGAAAGAGCUUAUGUGUAUAAAUUAACUACUGCCACUGAUUGCUAUAUACCAUUUCAGAUAGACACCUCAGCAGAGGGUGGAAGUGAAGGUUCAUGUCUAAAAGGUGGCGUUUUCUCUGCUGAUGGAGAUGAAACAGUUCCUGUUUUAAGUGCAGGUUUCAUGUGUGCAAAAGGUUGGCGGGGUAAAACCAGAUUCAAUCCUUCAGGAAUUCGUACUUACAUAAGGGAGUACAAUCAUGCCCCCCCAUCUAAUCUUCUAGAAGGUCGAGGCACCCAAAGUGGUGCUCAUGUUGAUAUAAUGGGGAAUUUUGCAUUAAUUGAAGAUAUUAUACGAGUAGCAGCAGGGGCUACUGGCCAGGAUCUGGGUGGAGAUCGUGUGUAUUCUGAUAUUUUUAAGUGGUCUGAAAGGAUCAACUUACAGCUCUAGAUCCAGGUCUUGAGAGAGACAACAGAGACCUUGUUCCACUUUCCCCUUUAACUUGAGAUUUACGUGAUGAACUAUCUAUCCAUUGUUGGUGGUAGCAGUCAUCUUGGUGGCCAUUCUAUAUUCCUGGCAAAUGUGUAUUGCCCUUCUGUUGUGCUUAAAAAGUUUUCAUUUUUUUUUUUUUUGUUUGCAAAAGCACCAAAGUGAGGUGUAUGCAAUUUGCAUCCCACGUUUUGCCAGGCUCCUUCAAUUCAAGGAGCACACUUAGAAGUCAAUAGUUUCCUCAAUCUUCAGAUAUUCUAUUAAUUUUAUUUGUUAUAGUUUCAUAAAUUUAUAGUUUCUCUUC